AUGCGAAGCCAACAGGUUGGACCGAGAUCGAUGAACGACCGGGAAAGGUUUCCUCCAAACAACGUACUACUGAUGCUCGCAGGUGCAGGGUUGUUGUGGAUGGGAUGGGCUGGUUUCAAUGGUGGUGACCCAUACAGCGCCAACAUUGACUCAUCCAUGGCAGUCCUCAACACCAAUAUUUGCGCUGCUACGAGCCUGCUGGUGUGGACUUGGCUUGAUGUCAUCUUCUUCAAGAAACCCUCCGUCAUCGGUGCUGUUCAGGGCAUGAUCACCGGUCUAGUUUGCAUCACCCCUGGUGCAGGUCUUGUUCAAGGAUGGGCGGCCAUAAUAAUGGGAAUCCUCUCGGGCAGCAUCCCAUGGUUCACCAUGAUGAUAGUCCACAAGAGAUGGACACUGCUCCAGAAAAUCGACGACACACUCGGCGUCUUCCACACUCACGCAGUCGCCGGCUUUCUGGGCGGAACCCUCACUGGUCUCUUCGCAGAGCCCGCUCUGUGCGACCUCUUCUUGCCCGUCACUAACUCGAGAGGUGGCGUCUAUGGCCGUUCCGGCGGUGUCCAGUUCCUCAAACAGAUCGUUGGCGGCUGUUUCAUCAUCGGGUGGAACCUCGUUGUCACGUCGAUCAUUUGCGUCGUGAUAAGGAUGGUGAUGCCAUUAAGAAUGUCGGAUGAGCAGUUGAAGAUUGGAGAUGAUGCUGUUCAUGGCGAAGAAGCGUAUGCGUUGUGGGGUGAUGGGGAGAAGUAUGAUGCAACCAAGCAUGGUUUCCUCUCAGAUGAUACUGUGCAUCCGAAAUCCAGUGGUGCAACUCAGGUCGUCUAG